CAAGUCUCGAAACACCCCCCAUUCCGAUAAUUGCCAAGCACCUGUGUUUCAAGAAUCACUAGUGGCAUUCGUAAUUGAAUACUAUAAAAAACAUUUUGUCGCAAUAUUUAGAAUUUAUAACGCAGAUAACAAAGAUAUCUCAACCGAAAAACUUGUUUUAAUCAAAUACAACGUGUGGCUAUACUUAGAUGACGAAUGAACAAUUUUAUAGAUUAAUGCGACUCACGAUGCUCUGUAGCUUUAGAAUGACUCCAACCACCAAUGUUGAAACUCAUGCUGAACAUGUACGGUGCUGACAAAUUGAGCUUUGCGGAGAUAACACCGGUCUUUAUAUAAAGAAGUGCCAGCCAGAUACGUUUCAUAAUUAAGUUUUCCGCGGUGCUAGUAGUGAUUAUUUUGGACGUGAUUAAAGUGUUCCGUAAGAACCAUGGCGUGGAUACCUUCUCCAAUUUGGUGGGUCGUGGGCCUCCUGGCUGCAGUUUACUUCCUUUUCAAAAGGAAGUUCUCCUAUUGGAAGGACCGUGGUAUUCGUCAUCUUGAACCAAAGUUCCCUUUGGGAAAUCUUCCCUGGAAUCGAAGGUCCGACUUGAAAGACGUCUUCGAGAAGUUGUACAGUCUUGGACGUGGAGUUCCUUUCGUUGGAGCGUACUUCAUCCUCAAGCCGGUGGUAGUAGCGACUGAUUUGGAUUUCGUCAAAGACGUGUUAGUGAAGGACUUCCAGAGUUUCCACGGACGCGGUGUUCAUUUAAAUGAAAAAGAUGAUCCCAUCUCAGCACAUUUGUUUUCUUUGAACGGAUCCAAAUGGAAAUCACUUCGAAUGAAGCUCUCCCCAACGUUCACUUCUGGAAAGAUGAAAUCCAUGUUCCCGACCAUAAUUGAUGUCUCCGAGCGAUUCAAUGAAGCACUGACGGAAUUUGUGAAAACAAACGCUGAGAUUGAUGUUAAGGAAGUGCUUGCCUGUUUCGGAACUGACGUUAUCGGGAGAUGCGCCUUUGGAUUAGAGUUUAACACCCUGAAAAAUCCAGAUACUGAAUUCCGUAAAUAUGGUCGUAUGGUCUUUGAACAAAUGGGGGGAAACACGUUGAAGCGAACUAUAACGCAAAUACCGAAACUGGCAUCCCUGUUGCGCCUAACGAUUUUCAGCAAAGAGGUUAACGAUUUCUUCUUGGGUAUUGUGCGUCAAACCAUAGAACAUCGCGAGAAAAACAACGAAAAGCGUAACGACUUCAUGGAUCUGUUGAUUGACUUGAAAAACCACGACACUUACGAUGAAGAAAGGAAAAUCAAAUUGGAAAAGCUCACUUUAGAGCAGGUCACCGCCCAGGCGUUCGUAUUCUUUAUCGCUGGAUUCGAGACCUCAUCUACGGCAAUGAUGUUCACCUUGUACGAACUAGCACUGAAUCCAGACAUCCAGGAAAAAUUAAGGGCUGAGAUAAAUACUGUAUCUUCGAAAUACGAAGGCCGCUUGACUUAUGAAGCUAUCAAGGAAAUGGUCUAUUUGGAUCAAGUGAUCAACGAAUCUUUACGAAAAUAUCCACCUGCGGUUGCAUUGCAGCGUACCGCCCAAGAAGAUUACAAACCUGCGAAUACCAACGUGGUUAUCCAAAAAGGCACAUCUGUACUGAUUCCCGCUUAUGAGAUACAUCAUGAUGAACGGUUCUAUCCAAACCCAGAUAAGUUCGAUCCUGAUCGCUUCCUUCCAGAAGUAUGGAAAGCUCGGCAUCCAAUGACAUUCUUGAGUUUUGGCGAUGGUCCCAGAAAUUGUAUAGGAAUGAGAUUUGGUAGACUGCAAUCACGGGUCGGCCUUGCAAUGCUUCUGAAGAACUACCGGUUUGAAGUGUCCGAGAAAACACCAAUUCCAAUGGAAUUUUCACGAAGAUCUCUGGUGUUAUCCCCUACAAACGGAAUGCAUUUGAAGGUUGUGAAAAUUUAAAUUCAUAGGACUGAUCUAGAAGUAUCCAGGAUAGUAUAUUAAUAAGUUUCUGAAAGCCUGUAUAUAUGUAGUUACUUUUGUAAUGAACCUUAGAACUAUGUCCAGUGUUUUACUUUUGCUGAUAGAACCUAAAUAUGUUAGUACUAGAUAGUGAUCACUUUCUUGCACUCGAAGCUAAAAAAAGGCCAUUUU